GACUUGGGUUCAGCAACGGGCCUCUCGGCUACAUUGAAAAUGUCACUCUGUCGGGUUGACAGCUGCGAGAAUGCGGUGCUUCUGCGUUGCCUUUGGCCACACACACACCACCACAUCAACCACACCAUUGUCCCAAGAAUCUCUAUGCUUUGGAAACGCGCGGCGGGUGCUCUGAAGCCAUUGGCUGUCAAGAUGGUUGUGCCGCAGCCGGGAGCUGCCCCCCCAGGCUUGCAGCUUGCAGCCCUCAAAUCCUUUGACUGCGUGUUUUUUCUUUUCCCUUCACACCUCUUGACUGUUCGCCGGCUAUGCUCGUUUGGGACUCCUAGACAGGUCAUAGGAACACUGCUGCUUGCGUCGAGGGGGCAGCAAAAGAAGGAAAUGCGGGUUGCUUUUAUCACAACUUCCAAGGAGAUGCAGGAGCUUGCAUCAAUAUUCCCACAGCAUUUCCAGCCACCUUGCUUCAGUGUUGAUUUGUGCUGUCUGUUUGGGUAUCGGUCUUUUGGUAGGUCUGAGUUCCGAUACGCUCAGGAUCUGGUGGAACAGGUCACAGAUAACAUUGAGGUCCUCAAACCCUCUUAUUGACAUGAAUUUCUUUGGCAACACCCGGUUCCGGUGCAUCCGACAUUGGCGGCUCGUGAGAGCACACUCUCACAAGCUUUUCCAGUCCGCCCUUUCCCUGUACUUUUGACUGGCUCAUUUGCCUAGAAACGUGUCACUAUGAACAGCAUGGAUCUCGGAAUCAGAUCCUGCAGAGCCCCUUUGUGCAAGAGAGGUUGUACAAGGUUGUUGUGGUCAACACAAUAUCAAGCACCCGUCUGCCCAGGAAGUGGGAAGCGAAGGCGAAGCGCGAUGGCCAAGAAACUUGGGAUCGGAGUUCUGCUCCUCAUCCUCCCCAAGACCCAGCCACUGCGUCUCUUGUUUGGUGAGAGGUGGUGGCUUGAUAUGCACAGGCACUAGCGUGAAACCUGUAUACAGUUCGACCAGGAGAGUCCUCACACCACUGUUGUUCGGUUGGGAAUAGCGCCAAUCGCGAAGCCACAAGAGGUUUAUGCACGGCUUACUGUGUGAAGUCCGUAGAAACGAACGGCGCGAUAGAACACAUGACCAUGUAAUCUGUCUCAAGUCACCCUGACCUCAUGAUUCGCUGGGUUUUGAUUAUAAGCAUGUUGUGGCACACCUAAGUUUGUGGUGUCUCUUCAACUUGCUCUACCAGAGGCUUGCCGCAUGUGCGAGGACAAGCUUGGAAUGUGUCAACAUGAGUGUCACAGUGGAGA